CAGAUCAAUCAUGCGACAAAACAGAAUCCCUCGAUGCUACAGCACUUACCAGAGAUGACGGGACCAAAAGAUACAAUUCAAAAUGGAGAAAGAAUGAAAAAGAGCACAACUGUUCAAAACCUUCAAACAUCACUUGUCAACAGCUAAAGUUCUCUCAGAAAGCUCUCCCUAAAACAGCCCUGUUUAGCUUUCCUGGUUCUGGCAACACAUGGCUACGUCACCUCAUACAGCAAAUGACAGGGUUCUACACUGGGUCCAUAUACAACGAUACAGAUCUAAAAAUGAAUGGAUUUCCGGGUGAGGACCACACAGGAGGUGAUGUGGUAGUAACAAAGACUCAUAGCGGACAGUCAUUAAUGGAAUUAUAUGAUCGCACCAUUGUCAUCAUAAGGAAUCCAUUCCAUGCUAUAUACGCAUGUUUUCAAUAUUUCUCCAAAGGGCAUGUUGAUGUAAUCUCAGAAGACACUUUAAGACAAAAUGAGGCAAUACGAGUAAAUCUGACUAAUGCUAUCAAUGACAAUAGACAUAUGUGUGGAAUAAAGGCCUGCUUUCCGAAUUAUCUCCUGGCUUUAAAGCAAUACAGAAAGGAGAAGAUGCUUAUCGUACACUAUGAAAACCUAAAAACCAAACUCAGGGAAGAAUUGUUAAGGAUUCGUGAUUUCCUUAACAUGACCGUUGACCAAAGUGUGAUCGAUUGUGCUCUUUGCAAUUCCGAAGGUUACUUUCAUAGAAAAGGGAAAAACUUUAAUCCAUAUACAGAGGCUGAUAUGUUAAAAAUAGCUACACAUAUUAAAGCCAUGAAUGAAACAUUGAGAGAAACAUGUGGUUUGUCGUGUACUUUCCCCUACUCUAUAUCUUUUUUAUAGUUUCACACCAAAAUAGCCUAUCAACGGUAAAGUCAGAUACCGUUGUCACAAAGGCUUAC